CUGUCAUUUCCGGAGUAAGAUGGCCGCAGCGCGUGUGCUGAGGACCUGGAGCCAGACUGUUGGGCGGCGGGUUUGUGUUCGCUACUUUCAAACAUGUAAUAAUGUUCAUGCUUCGCAGCCAAAAUAUGUGCGUUUCGUUGGUUAUCCUUCAUUCAAGUAUAGUCAUCCGCUUCGAUUGCUGAAAACAACUGCUGCUCAACGGGGGCAGAUUGUUCAGUUCAAACUCUCAGACAUUGGAGAAGGCAUCAGAGAAGUAACUAUUAAAGAAUGGUACGUGAAAGUGGGAGACACAGUAUCUCAGUUUGAUAGCAUCUGUGAAGUUCAAAGCGAUAAGGCUUCUGUCACUAUCAGCAGUCGUUACGACGGAGUCAUUAAAAAACUGUAUUAUAACCUGGAGGACACCGCCUACGUGGGGAAGCCCCUGGUGGACAUUGAAACGGAAGCUUUAAAAGACUCGGAGGAGGACGUGGUGGAGACCCCCGCCGUGCACCACGAGGAGCACACACACCAGGAGAUAAAAGGCCGGAAGACGCUGGCCACGCCCGCCGUGCGCCGCCUGGCCAUGGAGAACAACAUUAAGCUGAGUGAAGUGGUUGGCACCGGAAAAGACGGCAGGAUACUUAAAGAAGACAUUCUCAACUACCUGGAAAAGCAGACAGGAGCUAUAUUGCCUCCUUCACCGAAAGCUGAAAUCAUGCCGCCUGCACCCAAACCGAAAGACAGCACCGUCCCCGCACCCCUGUCUAAGCCUCCCGUGUUCAUAGGCAAAGACAGAACUGAACCCGUAACAGGCUUCCAGAAGGCCAUGGUGAGGACCAUGACGGCAGCCCUGCAGAUUCCGCACUUCGGGUACUGCGACGAGGUCGACCUGACGGAGCUGGUGAGGCUGCGCGAGGAGCUGAAGCCUGUGGCUUCUGCUCGUGGAAUCCGACUGUCCUUCAUGCCCUUCUUCAUAAAGGCCGCCUCCCUGGCGUUACUGCAGUUCCCCAUCCUCAACGCGUCCGUGGACGAGCAGUGCCAGAAGGUCACAUACAAGGCCUCUCACAACAUUGGGAUAGCCAUGGACACCGAGCAGGGCCUGAUCGUCCCCAACGUGAAGAACGUUCAGAUCUGUUCCACCUUUGAGGUCGCCGCGGAGCUGAACCGCCUCCAGAAACUGGGCUCGGCGGGCCAGCUCAGCACCUCCGACCUCAUGGGGGGCACCUUCACCCUGUCCAACAUCGGCUCGAUCGGUGGUACGUACGCCAAAGCAGUGAUAUUGCCACCCGAAGUAGCCAUUGGGGCUUUCGGAUCCAUUAAGGCCCUUCCUCGAUUCAACCAGAGAGGGGAAGUAUACAAGGCCCAGGUCAUGAACGUGAGCUGGUCGGCCGAUCACAGGAUCAUCGAUGGGGCCACCAUGGCGCGCUUCUCCAACCUGUGGAAGUCCUACUUGGAAAACCCGGCCGUGAUGCUGCUGGAUCUGAAGUGAGACCCGGUGACACCCGUGAACUCUCUGAGCUUCCAAAGACACGUGGAGCCUAGCUGCGCCCGCACACGUCCCCCGUGACCACCGUGGCAUGGCCGGUGUGUCCUGGGCAGUUGGUUAACCUAGGGCACAGUACUUAUCGUAUUCUGAUACACUUUCUACUGCAAACGCACGGGGGUGUCCCCGUUCUCCUGGGCUGUCCCGUUUCGUAGGUCACGGUGUGCGACUUCCCGACGUGGCGCUGUGGCCUUCACGUCAUGGGCCGCAGCUGACGAGGACAACAAAAUGCCACUAGAGAUGGUGGCAGCCGUGGACAGUGUUUCCCCCUUUUCUUUUCUUAUCUUAAACUGGCACAGUGAGUCUUCCUGGUUGCACUCAGUUGGGAGAAGGAAUGUCAGUACGAAAGUACUUUCCGUUUUCCCACCAGAAUGCCCCUGGAUGUGUAGACUAAGCGCAGUUUCACUUAGCGCUUAAGAAAUCCAGGGGUCGGUCACUGCAGACGUCGCAGUCACUCAGCAGAGGUCGUUGUCCGCAAAUGCCUUAUUUGUGAAGCAGCACAGUGUGGAAGGGCAAGCUGCGGGUGGGUCUCCACGCCCAGUUACAGCUUUAUAACCAGUGGGGGGGGGGGUCGAGUGGGUAACUGUGGCCAUUAGAAUAACAAAUCUUGUACAGAAACGAGGGGUCAUGGUCGUUUGCGGGGAGGCCCGCCAUCACCCAGAAGUAGCAUUGACACGAAUACCAGCCAACCUUUUGGUUUGCAUUCAGGGAACCAACGGCAAAUCCAGUUGUUUCAAAUAUUGUCUAAAAAACUUCAAGUGAAGUUUUAUGAUAAGGAAAAAAGUUGUUUUAAUAGGUAUUUGGUUGCUUUAAUAAUGGCAAUAAUGUUAAAAUAAUGAUUGGCCCUGGCGGGGUAGGUCAGUCGGUUGGGGCGCCAGCCUGACACACCAAGGUUGCAGGUUCGAUUCCCGGUCAGGGCGCCACCAGGGGCAACCCGAUGAUGCAUCAGUGAGUGGAGCAACAAACCCGUGUUUCUCUGUGUCUGCCCUGCCCCCCCCCUCUCUAAAAGUCAGUAAAUAAUUUUUUUAGAGAAAACAGUGGACCAACUGACCAUUGUUAUUUUUUAAAUUCAGAUAUUAUGGAGAAAAUAAAUGACCCGUAAUCCUACCACUAUUAACAUAUCGAUCAAUGCACCUGUACACGUAGCUAUUCUUUUUAUAAAAAUGAAAUCGUACUGUAUCUACUAUUUUAUAAUUUUUUAAAAUUUAACAUUAUAUCAUGGGUAACUUUAGAUGUCAAUAAACAAUUCUACACAA